AUGGCCAUAGCACCAGUCGCCAUCGUCUCGCUCCUCAUGGGAGAGCUCCUCUCCACCCAUUACAACCCCGAGUCCCAGCCCUCCCAGUACCUCCGCCUCGCCUUCACCUCCACCUUCUUCGCGGGGGUGUUUCAGCUGGCCAUGGGGCUGCUGCGCCUGGGGUUUGUGGUGGAUCUGCUGUGCCACCCGGUGGUUGUGGGGUUCAUGGGGGGAGCGGCGGUGACGAUCGGCCUGCAGCAGCUUAAGGGGCUGCUGGGGUAUGCGACGUUCACCACGAAAGCGAACGUGCAGUCGGUGUUGGGCUAUGUGUUCAGCAACACGUAUCUGUCGGGCACACCUGGUGAGUCGGGCACACCUGGUGAGUCGGGCACGCCUGGUGAGUCGGGCACGCCUGGUGAGUCGGGCACACCUGGUGAGUCCGGCACACCUGGUGAGUCGGGCACACCUGGUGAGUCCAGCACACCUGGUGAGUCUAACACACCUGGUGAGUCUAACACACCUGGUGAGUCUGGCACACCUGGUGAGGCGGGCACACCUGGUGAGUCUGGCACACCUGGUGAGUCCGGCACACCUGGUGAGUCUUACACACCUGGUGAGUCUGGCACACCUGGUGAGUCGGGCACACCUGGUGAGUCGGGCACACCUGGUGAGUCAGGCACACCUGGUGAGUCGGGCACACCUGGUGAGUCUAACACACCUGGUGAGUCUGGCACACCUGGUGAGGCGGGCACACCUGGUGAGUCUGGCACACCUGGUGAGUCCGGCACACCUGGUGAGUCUUACACACCUGGUGAGUCUGGCACACCUGGUGAGUCGGGCACACCUGGUGAGUCGGGCACACCUGGUGAGUCAGGCACACCUGGUGAGUCGGGCACACCUGGUGAGUCUAACACACCUGGUGAGUCGGGCACACCUGGUGAGUCAGGCACACCUGGUGAGGGCGGGCACACCUGUUCGAGCUGGCGUGCAUUUGUCAUUGGCAUGGCGGUGCUUCUCUUCCUCCUCUCGCUCCGCUUCCUGGCACACCAUUUCAAGCCCCACCCCAGGCUCGGCAAGCCACUCUUCUACCUCAACUGCCUCGGCCCAAUCCUCGCAGUCACCGCCACCUCCCUCGCCGUCUACCUUCUGGGCGGCGGCAACAAACCCCCCUACAACAUCCCCACCGUCAAGCCCCUGCCAGCUGGCGUCGCCUCGUUCGGCUCGCUGACUCAGCUCCAGCUGUCGGGCCCUGAUUGCGCGGCUGCUGCUUCCAUAGGGAUUGUCGCGGCGCUGAUCGCUUUAGCGGAAGCGACUGCGAUCGCUAGAAUGUUUGCGACUUUGGAGGGUUACGAGGUGGAUGGUAACCGCGAGAUGAUCGCUCUCGGCAUGGCGAAUAUCGGAGGCUCCUUCUCCUCGACCUACGUGGUUACUGGGUCGUUCUCGCGGUCCGCUGUCAACUACAAUUCCGGCGGGAAAACCGCGCUGACCAACGUGAUUAUGUCGGUGCUUCGUUUUAGUCACGCUCGUUGCUCGCCCAAAGCUGCCGACCCUGGGGCUCAUUACGGGUACAGGGGUGUACGGAAGUGUGGAGCAGUAUCCCGAAGCAGAAGUGGAGGAGGGGGUGUGGGUGGUGAGGGUGAAUGGACCGCUGCUCUUCCCAGUGCAAGCUAUGUGCGGCAGCGGGUGUUGAGAGCGGUGGAGAGGAGUGCGCGAGGCGACAAGAAGAGAAUCAUGCAUGUGGUGUUGGAUUGCACGUCAGUAACCGACAUUGACACAACAGCCAUCCACGCCCUACAAGACCUCCUCAACCUCUUACAUCGCCACCAGGUGCAGCUAGUGCUGACCAAUCCAGCCACAGUGGUUCUAAGAAAGCUGGCUCUCUCAGGGUUUAUUGAGGAGUUGGGUGACGAGUGGCUGUUUCUCUCUGCUGCAGAUGCAGUGGCAUUUUGCCAGUCGGUUGCGAAGAGCAACGGGGUGUAG